AUGAGCACGACUGCGUACAUGAUUGCCAAGAUCCGCGCUGCAGGCGCCGAACAGGUCAUCCAGCACGGCAACUCCUGGGUCGAAGCCGACGACUAUCUCAGACACACACUCAUCCCCGCGGCGCUCGAAAAGGGCGAAGAAGCAAUCUAUGUGCCGCCGUUCGACGACCGCAAAGUCUGGGAUGGGAACGCCACCAUGAUCCAAGAAGUCUUUGAGCAAUUGGGACCUGAUGCUUCACCCCCAGACGCUCUGAUCUGCAGUGUAGGUGGCGGCGGCCUUUUCUGCGGCAUCAUGCAAGGCCUCGAAAGUGCCGGGUAUCCUCAUCUCCAGGUCCUGGCCGUGGAAACAGAGGGCGCUCAUUCACUUGCACUAUCUCUCCAAGAAGGCAAACUCUCUACCCUCCCCGCCAUCACCAGUAUCGCUACGAGCUUGGGCGCGCGAACGGUUGCAGCACAGGCGUUUGCAUAUGCGCAACGCGAGUCGGUGCGUAGUGUUGUGCUGUCGGAUGAAGUGGCCAAGGAGGGUUGUGUCCGGUUUGCAGACGAUGAGAGAAUCAUGGUGGAGCCGGCGUGUGGUGUCUCCCUGGCAUUGUGCUAUCAAGGCAGGCUGAGGAAGCUUCUACCACAUCUGAGAGAGUCGAGCAGAGUAGUUAUUACUGUCUGUGGAGGUAGCAACAUCACUGCUAAAAUGCUGGGCGAUUGGUCCUCAUCUAUGUGA